AUGGAGUCGGGCACGGAUGAAGCUCCCAAGGCCGGAACAGUGCCUAAGAAGUUCGUCGGGUUUUCAUUCACCGAUUCUCAGGCCAUCGAAAAGGCAUACCAAUCACUUGAUAGAGGUGACACAUCACAAGCUGAUGCUUCGAAUCCGACCUCAACGAAAGUCCCUGUCAACGAAGACUUCCUCUUCGAUGUCCAUAUCGAGAAGCGGGAACUCGAGCCGGCUUACUGGCUAGGACCGGUAUAUGAGGUGCGACGUGGUAGCUGGUUCUACCUGGAGGGCUCGGCUCUCAAACCUUGCGAUGAAAAUCUGGCCAAUCAACUCGAAGAAGGUUACUUGAAAGUAGCGCCAUGGAGGAGACUUGGGUUAUCAUCUCCACGUUCAACCUCUCAACCAAGAAGUCGUCCAGCCUCAAUGAUAUUGGACGGCGCAACAGCUCUCUCCCCAAGUAAGGCCAGUCCAUCCCAAGACGACAGCCAAGCGCCCAACUCCAAUACUUAUCGACUCUUUGGCACUCAUAUGAACACUACUGUGACCUAUCAGGAUGCUGUCACUGCAUUUCUCUCCUCAGACGACUUCUAUUCUCGCAUGAGUAACAUCACGUACGGAAGAUUUGUCGGUUAUGGUGGUACGAAGGUCGUGAGGGGAUGGUCCGAGUCUCCGAAAGUUGUAGAGCCGAAGCCUGCUGAGCAAGUUAGCUCCAAGGAGAAACGAAAAUCUGCAAAAAUCACCCCUCAAGCGAUUCAAACGGGAGAUCAGACAAAAGCUGGGCAGGAGGCAAAUGACCAGGAAACUGAAUCGAAACCCCGCCGAUCCGCUUUGGAAAGGCAGCUUUCAUCCUUGGCGGGAAUGCCUUCCACUCAGGAAGGAGAUAUUUCAGCCGAGGAAGAGGCAAGAGAACAAGAAGAAAAGGAAAUGGAAGAUGCCAGAGAAAAGGAUGGGGAUGAUCAAGCAAGACAGAUUGAUCAUCUUGUCCUCGUCACCCACGGUAUUGGUCAACGUCUUGGCUUGAGGCUCGACAGCAUCAACUUCGUCCAUGAUGUGAAUACUCUACGCAAGUCAAUGAAAGCGGUGUACGCCUCAGCCCCGGAUCUACAAGCUUUAAGUGGUGACCCCAAAAACUGUCGCGUGCAGGUCUUGCCUAUUGCCUGGCGUCAUCUACUUGAUUUCCCGAAACAGAGCCUCAAGCAAAACCGCAAGGAGUUUGAUCUGGGUGAUGCAGACGACGAUUUCGAUGACGCCUAUCCUUCUUUGCAAGAUAUCACAGUCGAGGGCGUUCCCGCGGUUCGGAAUCUUAUCACUGACCUUGCUAUGGACGUACUUCUAUAUCAAAGUGCGUACAGGGAGCAUAUCGCUUCCAUCGUGCAAAAAGAGUGCAACCGAGUCUUCAAACUAUUCAGAGACCGCACCGGUUUCUCGGGUCAAGUCAGCCUUUGUGGUCACUCGCUGGGGAGUGCUGUCCUUUUCGACAUUCUCUGCAGACAGGAAGAAGUCAUUCAGACUCGUCCCCGCCGGGUGUCGAGUAAGACAAUGCGAGAACCUAGCAUUGAGCAGGCCAACCUCAAACUUGACUUUGAUGUGCAGAACUUUUUCUGUCUAGGUUCACCAAUUGCGCUGUUCCAGAUGCUCAAGGGUCGUACAGUCAGUGGUCGUCAAUCUUUGUCACGUCAUAGCUAUGGAAGCACGAUGCCCACGUCACCUUUUGAUCCAGACCCCAUGACUAAUGAUCCUUUCGAUAUUGCGUCCUCAAGGAAUACCACUACGAGUGCCCCAAAAGAGCUGAUUCCCAUCACGACCUCGUCCCCGAAAUGCUCUGAACUCUUCAACAUAUUCCACCCUACCGAUCCGAUUGCCUACCGCAUCGAGCCUCUGAUUUCCCCAGCGAUGGCUCAACUGAAGUCCCAGCCGUUGCCGUACAUCAAGAAGGGCCUCUUCGCGGCACCGGGAAUUGCUAACAUCUCUGCACGUGUCGGCCAACAGGUGAUGUCGUCAUGGUACAAUCUAACAUCAGGGGUGGCAUCUACUCUCAUCAAUAGGAGCCUUGGUAUCACAGGCGAAGAGCAAGCAUUGCCACAGGAUAAAGGGAAAACUUCCCACUUGGCAGGCCCCGGCAACAGCUCAGUUAGCGGAGGGGGCCCAGGAAACCCGCAGAUAACAACGCCAAUAGCCGAUCGAUCACGGCAGGACGCACUCGCAGCGGCGGCACACUCGUCUCCAACGACAGAACAAGCACCGACACUAAUUGACUCGGAAAUCGAAACCCUUUACUCAGGCUUCCAGAAGAGAAGAAGAUCCCGCACGCCGUCACCGAUGCCCGACGACCGCACCGCGUUGACCAGCAACAACGACAAGACAUCCGCACACCCCACCGCCAACAGCACAACGUCCUCCUCAUCCAGCACGCUUCCCCAGCCCGACCCAUCACUAUCAUCCAGCCCCCGUGACAAUUCGGAAUACAUGAUGAGCCAAGAGCGCGCCCGCAAGCUGAAGCGCGAAGAAGCAAAAGUGCGCGCCCUCAACAGCAACGGCCGCGUCGACUACCAUAUCCAAGAGGGAAUGUUCGACGUCAGCUUGCUCGCUAGCAUCGCAAGUCACCUCAGCUACUGGGCCGACGAGGACGUGAAUCACUUCAUGAUCGGCCAGAUGCUGAAGAAGACGCGGGAGAGGGAUGGGAAUGCCGGAGCAGGAGCAGGAGCAGGAGCAGGAGCAGGAGCAGGAGGGGCAGGAGGAGUGGGAGCUGCAACGACAACGGCAGCAACAACAAUGCCGCCCCCGACCACGCCGGCCUCUACAAAUCCCACCACCACCAGGUGA